GGUGUCGCGCAUGCUGCAGCAGAUGCUCAGGCGUUUCCCUUGCCUGCACCGUCUCAUCAUCGAGCGCACGGACGCCGUGCCACGGGAAGAAGGGAUGGCCACCCGUCAUGACCAACACACACACUUCCCGACCCUCCGCGGCGGCCUCGACCAGUCCUUGUACUACCUGACGCUCUUCGACUUCCGGGGCGGCAAGGCCGAGCUCGAGCUCCUCAAGGCGAUCGUGCUCAGGUACCAUGCACUGCGGAUCGUCGAACUAGCGUACAGCCCCCGUCGCAUGGGGCACGACCUCUCGCUCGCCACCGAGGAGGCACUCGCCCUCCGGAAACCCCUGCUCGGCAUCGGAUCCCGGUACACCGGAGAAAUCCCAGGAUACGAAUGGUGCGGAUCAGAUAUGUUCUGAUUCGGCCUCUGGAGCUACUUAAGGUUUGGUUCAUUCAUUCAUUGGCUUCUAUCCCUGACUUCCUAUGAUAGUGCCCUCUGAAUCACGCUGCUGUGAUUUGGGAGUAUA